AUGGAAGUACAGCUUUUAGCUUUAGUGGCUCAAACGGUAAUCAUGGCUGUUUUAGCAGUGGUUGCAGUACAUUUCUGGUUUUGUCCUACAGAUAUAAACAAAAUGGAAGGUAAUGUAGUGGAUUCAGAUGGCAAUGAGAAUGAAAACUUUAGAGAUGUUGAAGAAUCAGCGGGUAACGAAAUUGAUGAAGAAGAAAUUGAUGAAUCCGAAGAUAGCCGAAAAGAUUUCGCAUCAUUUACACCAGAUGAAGAACAAAAGAGAAUUUACAUGGAAGAAAUGUGGGAAAUGGCUAAAGAACAGAGAAAAAACGAAGAAAUGAAAGAUAUGAAUAAGAAAUUAGAAAUUAAAUUAAUGGAUGCACGUGAAAUGGAACUUUUGCGUAAGAUGACAACUGAAUCUGAACGACAAAUGACAGCUAUUUGUAAGGGUGCGCAAGAUCAAUGGUUUGGUAUAAUUGAAGCUUGCAAGCAUAGUGUUUAUGUGAAUAAUCUUAAUCUAGGAACAAGCAGAAAGGAAUUGAAGGAUCAUUUUGCAAGUUGUGGAACUAUUACAACUAUUGAAUUUUGCAAAGAUACAGUUAAUUAUCGUUUUAUUGGGAUGAGCUCUGCUCGGAUAGAAUUCAUUGAUAUAUCUGCCAAAUUAAAAGCAUUGGAUCUUACAGGCACACUUUUAAAGGGUAACAAAAUUGAUGUAACAAAUGUUCCUGCUCCAAUAGCGCGUUAUCGAAGUCGUCGUUUGUGCUACAGGUGGUUUAAUAACCGUCAGUACUAA